AUGGCAUCGACACUCGGGAAAUACGCUUCCAAGCUCGCAGGCUCUCGCGUCCUGGUCAUCGGCGGUUCUUCAGGUAUCGGUUUUGGUGUCGCUGAAGCAGCCAUCCAAAACGGCGCUUCUUCCGUUUUCAUCGCAUCCUCUUCAAAAGACAAGCUCACCACCGCCAUUGAGCGUCUCAGGGAAAAGAAUCAAUCUUCCCAGGCUAAACUCCACGGUAUCACUUGCAACCUCGGCUCCCCCGAGACUCUUAACUCGGAAGUCGAAAGCCUCUUUACCCAAGUAUCCAAGUCUGGAAAGUUGGACCAUGUCGUCUUCACAGCUGGAGAUAAGCUCGCCGUCGGAAAACUCGAGGAGUUUUCGCUGAAGGAUAUCCAGCAGGCUGGUACUGUACGAUUCUUUGCACCACUUGUUGUUGCGCAGCAGCUUCGGAAGCACCUGAACGAAGCCGACUCUUCCUCCUUCACCGUCGCCACCGGUGGUGCUGUCGAACAUGCUUCCAAAGACUGGACAGUCAUGUACUCUUACCUCUCCGGUCUACGAGGUAUGGUUCGCGGCUUGGCUGUUGAUCUUGCUCCUAUCCGAGUCAACGCGGUCGCCCAGGGUCCGAUCGAGACAGAGCUAUGGGAUAAUGUCAAGCAGGCUGGGUACUGGGAUGCUGUUACUGGUCGUCUCAAGGCUAGAAUGACUACAGGAUCUAUUGGGCAGGUUGAGGAUGUGGCCGAGGCUUAUGUCUACUUGAUGAAGAACAAGAAUGCUUCUGGAAGUAUUGUUGAGACUACUGGAGGAACACUCAUGUCUUAG